AUGAGGUAUUUUAGCGAGGAGGGACCAGCCCUGCAUGGAGGAGUGAGGGGGAAGAAGGGCCGAGGCAAGGGAAGUUGUGACUUGAUUUCUCCUUGCUGCCGCCUCCUUCUGCGGCUCCUGGCGAGGCUUGGUGCUGGUUCCCGGCGGACCUGGUACCGCCUUUGUGGAGCGGCUGCUGAGGAGACUCCAGCGCUCGCCGUGGCGGAUGAAAAGGGAGUCAAGCCUGAGAACAACGAUCGUAUUAAUUUGAAGGUGGUGGGACAGGAUGGUUCUGUGGUGCAGUUUAAGAUUAAGAGGCAUACACCUCUCAGUAAACUAAUAAAGGCCUAUUCUGAAAGACAGGGUUUGUCAAUGAGGCAGAUCAGAUUCCGAUUUGUUGGGCAGCCAAUCAAUGAGAUAGACACACCUGCACAGUUGGAGGAGGAAGGUGAAGAUACAAUUGAUGUAUUCCAGCAGCAGACAGGAGGUGUCUUGUAA